AAUAAAUUUCCUUUUUAUAAAAAGUGGUAUUACAUUUUAUUUCAUGGUAAAUGUAUAUAAAUCAUUAAGUGUGUAGUCUUUACUCUUUGGUGAUUGUUUUUUCAGUUAAAUACAGAGGAAAUACAUUUUAUGUUAACUUCAUAAUAUACAGUAUUACAUUACUAAAUCAAACAAUAUUACCAAAUAAUGCUAUUGUUUUCAUUUAAACUUGUACUGAACUGAAGGCAACAAACAUAAUAUUUAUCAAAUACUAUAACAUUACAUUGGAGGCUGCUUACUAAAAAGAAAAUGUCUUUUCAAUCAUUAGACCUUCUUCUUAAACAAGCAGAUGUAUCGGAAAAUAAAAAUUUUACAAAAAAAACAGAUAAGAUUAAUUUACAAACACCAUUUGGUCUAAAUGAUUUAAUGUUUGAUGACAAUGAGUUAUAUUCAUGUGACCAAAACCUUCCAUCUUCAAUGUCACAACUACAUCUUGACAACCAAAUGACUGGUGAAUGUCAAAACAUAUCAGAUUAUAUAAGCAAACAUUUAUCAUUAUUAUCUACAGAUGAUMCUAAACUUUCAGUUGUUGAAAAUUCAAAUAAUAUUGAACCAAAACUACCUCUAUCUGACAUAAAAAGUGCAAGUUUCAUAAAUAACAUAAAAUAUCAAGAUAAAACUAUCUCUAAGGAACGUCUAAAAAAUAAAGGUGGCUAUAUUAAAAAAUAUAAAAUAUUCCGUACUAAAUCAUUAGCAAAGGUUCGGAAUUCACCUUUAGAAAAACCAGAUUCAGGCUUAAGCUUAACAUUGGGACGAAAAUACCCAAAAUCAAGUUUAAACUUAAUGAAUAAUUAUCUCUGUAAUGUAUUAAUCGAAACACGAAGCCGUGGGUUCAGAUUUAACACCCCUUCUCCGGACGAAUCAGUGUUAUCUUGGAUGGAUAUUGUUAGACAAAUGCCCAGUAAAUAAAAUGUUUGAUGUUCAUAAACUCUAAAAUAAAUUAUUUAUAAUUUUGA